CAUGAAGAGUCGGAACUGUAGUCUUUAGCUGUCUCUAGGACGAAACGCUGGUAGCUUAUAUUAUUUUUUUGUUGGUUACGAACUCUUUAUUUUCGUUGGUUUUGGUUCAAUAGAAACGGCCGGGGUUGCUUCCUGUUCAGGAAAAAAAAAUACAGAGAGAUAGCGAGGCAACGCUGAGGAUACGCUAACGACCAAACUAGAUUGGGUUUAUACUUGUGAUCGAUCAGAGGGAGUAACAUUAGAUCCGAUCAAGAAUAUAUACAGAUAGAUUCUAGCGGAUAACAGAAACACAUCUAUAAUCUAUCGUAAAUAGGUUUCCGACUUUUACCGUCAUAAUCUAUCUGAUAUCUAGCUCGGUAUCUACAUGUAACCGUCCCCUCCCUAUACUUAUAAAAAGAAAAAAACGAAGAGGGAGAGAAGCCAUCAGAUCAAGAGACCGCCACCAAUACACACGACACAGCGUAGGAUAUUUAGCCGCCGCCUGUCUCGCUGUGCCUGUGUGCCCUCCUGUCAAGCCAUGCCGCUCGACAUCGAGGACAGCGAGCCGUCGACGCCGACGACCCAGUCGUCGUCCUACUUCUCAGGCUGCAUGGCGGCCUCCCCGGCGUGGCCGCUGCCGGCGGGCGUGCGCCGGAGCCCCGCCCGCUACCAGCUGCUCGCCCGCGGAAGCGGGGACGACGCCGGCGGCCGCGGCGCGCGGCGCGCGUGGAGGCGGCUGCUCCGGCGGCUGGUGCGGGAGAGCAAGAGCAUCUGCAGCACCGUCUGCAGCAGGGCGCCGCCCGCCGCGGCCACCUUCAAGUACGACGCAGACAGCUACGCCAAGAACUUCGACGACGGCCGCUGCCACCCCUGCGACGUAGCCGCCGCCGGUUGUCCCGCGCCGUCGCGGGUCGCGCCGCUAUCGAGCCGGCGCCCGGUCGACCAGUCCGCCGGAGAGAGCUAGCUUUUAGCUAUAUUAGAUAGUAGAUCUUUAAUUUGCUUAUCUUUUUUUUUUGUUAGUUGAGCUGUAGCUGUUGGUCUUGAUUCUUGAGGCGGUGGUUGCGACGCCGGUGUCGAGGAUGAUGGCUUCAUCACCGUGCCGUGCCGUGCCGUUGCGUUGCUUCUUGGUUGUACAGAUGCAUGAUUGGGGAUGCAUGUCUCAAGCAGAGUUCGUUCUCGGCAACAAAACUCCUUCGAUGCGUGCGUUCCAUCCCA